UGUAAUUGUCUUCAGUGAUAUUUUAAAACUGUUUACAAACAAACUGGAACAUUAUAGGCUGUGAAUUCUAUGAUUUUGGAUUAGCAUUUGAUACACAGACUUGGAUUUUCUUAUUUUAAAUCAAGUCAAUUCGAAUAAACUAAGUUCCAUAAAAUUAAACAAAAAUGGAUCAAAUUCCAGAUCAUGUUUUAAUUGAGAUUUUCAACUAUUUUGGAUGUUCGUCAUUAAAAACUUUAAUGAAUGUUUGCGUCAGAUGGUCAAACCUCAUCAAAACAUCCAGAAAAGUAACAAAAAAGUUCAAUUUAACUUUGACAAAUUCUGCAAAUGGUGUCAUAAAAAUCGAUGAUCCUCUCCCAGAUGGAAGUCACUCAGAUCUUGUCAUUAUUAGCAAAGAUUCACAAAAUAAAUCCAAUCCAGAAUUCAUGAAAGUUCUUUCAGAAAAUGUUGAAAAUCAUAAAAAUUCUCUACAAAAAUUGAAUCUUCGUGGCUGUUAUUAUGUUCAUGCUGAGGUUGUAGAACAAAAGUUAAGUUUAUUUUGUGAUUUUAUAAAAGAAGUUGAAAUCACUGACUGCAUGGUUAGCAACAAUGAGAACUUGAAGGAACUAAAAUGGAGGAAUUUAAGGAGUUUAAGGAUUGACAAAUCAUGUGCAGAUUUUAUGUUAUUUUUUCAGAACUCUCAGCUCCAAAAACUAGAAUUAUCAUCAGCUAAGAACACUCUCGACACCAAUUCAAAGCUAGCAACAUUUUGGAAAAAUCAAAGAAAAUUAAAAGAAUUCAAAAUUACAAAGACAGAAAUUCCAUUGGACAUACUUUUAGAUGUAUUAGGGCAUCAUAAUUUAUCAAGACUAGAGCUAGACAUUAAAAUGAUCUCGCUUAACUCAGACUUAAUCAUUGAGCUAGCUAAAGAUAGCCAUUGGAAGAAGUUAUCAUUCCUUAAUGGACCCUGUAGAGAUAAGGCUUGUAUGACUGUGAAAAAUAUUAUUGCAGCACAUCCGUGCAUUGAUGAGCUGGAGUUCCACAAAACGUCCUUUAAUGAAUCAGAUUUUGUCAUGUCUCACAUCAACAAUCACCUUCCACACAUCCAGCACCUCAGAUUACCAUUAAAUUAUGGAUCAUUAAAAUUCAAUGAAGUUAUUAAAUUUGAAAAAUUGGAAGUUCUAGAAAUUGAAGGCAUUAAGUAUAGAUUAUCAGUACAAAAAUUGUUCAAGAUCCUAAGAAUGAGCAGGAAUUUAAAGGUUUUGAGAAUUUAUUGGGUUGGACAUCAUGCGAGGGUAUCGAAUGACUUUUUUAAGAACAUCUUUGAAUCUCUUGAAGAUCUACAGGAACUUCACAUUGGCUAUAAGACAGACACAUUUGAAAUUACCGAUGAAUUCCUUGAUGUCAUCAAAAUCAAUGGCAAGAACCUCAAAAAGCUAACAACAUAUUCUGACAAAGUUGAGGAUUUGCAAGACAAAAUGAGAAUUUUUGAUGGAAGCAAAGUCAAAUGUGUAGUUUUGGACAAGAACUAUGAAGACAUGAUGGACCACAAAGCUUCAUUUUUCAAGUGUAAUGAAUUUAAAACAGCUGCAACUUGUGUUUGGAGCUCCUGAAUAUGAAAUAA